AUGUAUGACAAUCAGGGAGACGUAAACGAUCACGAGAGCCUGGUGUCCGCAUUCCAUCAAGUGGAUGUGGUGAUCUCGACUGUGGGUGGAGCAAGCUUGGUCGAUCAGAUCAAGAUCCUCCAGGACGCCACGGAAGCCGGAAUAAUCAAGAGGUUCUUGGCAUCAGAAUUCGGCAUCGAAGUCGACAUGUUGGAGCUGGACUUUAAAGUGACGGAUGGUCUGUUCGGAGACAAACGAAAGGUCAGGCGAGCAAUCGAGAAGUUUGGGAUACCGUACACGUACGUGGCUGCUGGUGCCUUCGCAGGCUGGUUCCUGGCAACUUUACGUCAAGAGAAUACCAGGACACCACCGCGGGACAAAGUCACUAUUUGGGGAGAUGGAAACAUGUGGUACCCCACUUUUGGCAAUUUUGAGGAAAUUAAAACAUUUUUGGAAAACUGUACCCUGGCAGCAUUGUAA